AUGAGCAGCACCGACCUGGAGCGCAUGUCGCUCAGCUCCUCCGCCAACUCGGUGGCCUCCAGCGCGCGGACGCUGUCGGCCAACGUGAGGAAGCUGCACAACGCGCUCAACCUGCUGCUCAGCGACUCGGAGAGGGAGCAGUUCAUCCACUGCCUCAACGUGUACCACUCCAAGCGCAACGUGUACGACCUGGUGCAGACCCUCAACGUCAUCCUCAACGCGCCCGGCAAGCGGCAGCUCCUGCCCCUGCUGCGGCUCGUCAUCCCCCGCUCCGACCAGCUCCUCUUCGAGCAGUACACCUCGGAGGGCCUCUACCUGAAGGCGGAUCUAGCGGCGAGCAAUGGCACCGGCGACCCCCCGCCGGGCGACUUCCCCAGCGCCAGCCCCACUCCACCUCCUGGGCACUUCUCGCCGAGCAACCCCGCGGAGUUCCAGGUGGCGCUGCGGGGGUCCCCGGACACUUUCAGCACCAGCAGCGACGGGACGUCUCCGCUGGUGCCGCUGCUCGGGAGGAACUUCAUCCACGAGCCGCCGGGGGAGAUCCGGCAGGUCAGCAUGAAGCGGCACAAGAGCAACGAGGGCCUGGGCUUCAGCAUCCGCGGCGGCUCGGAGCACGGGGUCGGGAUCUACGUGUCGCUGGUGGAGCCCGGGAGCCUGGCGGAGAAGGAGGGUCUGCGCAUCGGGGACCAGAUCAUGAGGGUCAACGACAAGGUGUUUGAGAAGGUCACCCACGCGGAGGCAGUGAAGGUGCUGAAGGGCAGUAAAAAGCUUUGUCUCUCCGUGCGCUCAGUCGGGCGGAUUCCUGGCGGCUAUGUCACCAAUCAUGUUUAUACCUGGGUUGACCCCCAGGGUCGAGGUGUGUCCCCCCCGCCCGACCUGCUGGAGCAUCGCAGCGCCACCCUGAAGAGAAGCGACAGCCAGCGACGCAGCAACAUGCAGCUGCUGCAGGAGGGCGACGAGAAGAAGGUCAACUUGGUUCUGGACGACGGCCGCUCUCUGGGUCUGAUGAUCCGGGGGGGCGCCGAGUACGCUCUGGGUAUUUACAUCACCGGAGUGGACCAGGCGUCGGCCGCGCAGUGUGGAGGACUCAAGGUGGGCGACCAGAUCCUGGAGGUGAACGGCCGCAGCUUCCUGAGCAUCCCGCACGACGAGGCCGUCCGGGUCCUGAAGUCCUCGCGGCACCUGAUGAUGACGGUGAAGGACGUGGGACGCCUGCCGCACGCCAGGACGGUGGUGGGGGAGACCAAGUGGAUCGCCAGCUCGCUGAUCGGGGAGAGUUCGGCCAACAGCAGCGUCGUAGGGUUCUCGAUGGACCAAGGAGCCUCCGCAGCAGGAAAGCCCGGGUUUUAUAAGGGCGUGGCGGGCUCGCAGGUGACCCUGUCCAGCCUGGUGAACCAGUCCCGGGCCAUGCUGGAGGAGCAGGCACGCCACCUGCUGACGGAGGUGGAGCGGCAGACCAUGGUCUACUACGUGGAGGAGUACCGGGACGGGCACAUCGGCGCCGAGCAGCUGGUCAUGGCGUUGUUCGAGCUCCUCAACACUCACGCCAAAUUCUCUUUGCUGUCCGAGGUGCGAGGCCUGGUCGCCCCCCAGGACCUGGAGUGUUUCGACGGGAUGGUGCUGCGGCGGGAGAUCCAGGCCCUGAAGGCGCGGCAGGGCAAAGCCGGGGGGGCGGCCCCGCAGCACGACUCCCUGUCCAUGGUGUCCUACCCCGACACCCUGAACUCGUCCUCCGCCAGCUUCAUGACCAACACCACCCUCAGCUCUGCACGGGAAAGACUGCUGUGGCUCAUAGAUAUGAUGGAGAACGACAGCGUGGUAGAGACUAAUGGGAAGGAUCCUCCGGAGAGUCUGAACACUCUGCUGACCGACGUCUCUCUGGAUGAUGUUCAGUCCACCGCUGCAGAGUCGCCCCCCUCCUUCAAGCCCCCGCCCCCCCCGGGGGUGCAGAGGCGCCCGAGCAGACGAGAUCCGCUCAACAAAUGCCCCUCGUCCGAAUCCUCCCACUCGGGCUUGUACUUCACGGCCCCGCCCUCCCGCGGCCAUAGCAGAGAGUCAGGACACGCCCCCGCCCCGCCCGCACCACGCCCCCCAUGGGAGCCCGCCAGGGACCCGGUGCAGGAGUACGCCGCCGUCAGAAAGCGAGAUCCUUCGCUGCCGUCCAAGAAGGAGCAGGUAGCAGCUGCUCAGUUGUCCAUGGUCGCCCGGCACAACAUUGGCCCUUUUCCCCGGGUGCAGUCCCCCAACAGAGGCACCAAACCCGCCGCCCCUUCCCCUUCUCCUCCACCCCCACCUCCGCUCCCUGCUCCCCACCCGCCUCCAUCUCUGCCCCUCAAACCCCUGUCCAUGUCCAAAGCCUCCUCCGCCGCCUCCAAGCAGCGGUUUGUCACGGUGGAGGUUCACCGGCCCAACGCCGAGCCCGACGUCAACGAGGUGCGGCCGCUGCCACAAGCUCGAGGUGGCGCCCUGUCUCAGCUGUCAGACAGCGGCCAGACCCUCAGUGAGGACAGUGGCGUGGACAUAGCUGAGUCAGCACACCUCAGCAAAGACAGCAGCCCCCAUUCCUCACGCACCCGCCUCCCCCGAGACCCCCAGGGAGGCGGGGGGAGCAACCCCUCCAAACCGCCGGGGCUGCUGGAGCCCACCUCGACCCUGGUGCGGGUGGCAAAGAGCGCCGGCACCCUGGGCAUCGCCAUCGAGGGCGGAGCCAACACUCGCCAGCCGCUGCCACGAAUCGUCACGAUACAGAGAGGAGGGUCCGCUCAUAACUGUGGCCAGCUGAAGGUGGGUCAGGUGAUCCUGGAGGUCAACGGGGUCUCCAUGAGGGGCCGCGAGCACAGGGACGCGGCGCGCAUCAUCGCCGAGGCCUUCAAGACCAAAGAGAGGGACCACGUGGACUUCCUGGUGACCGAGUUCAACGUGGCUCUAUAGCGGAGCGGAGGAGGGGGGAGAGGAGGAUGACGGGAACAGCAGCAGCAGCAGCAGCAGCAGCGAGGGAGG